CCCUCACCCUCACUCGCACCCACACUCUCGCACAUCCGCCCAGCAUGUCCGUCAUCUCCGCCGGCCUCGACCGCAACGCGCUCACCGCCGGGCGCGCCGCACAUGCCGCCGGCCCCGCCAUCGUCGCCGCCUACGUCCUCUCGCACGUCGUGUGCUCGACGCGCCUGCUCAAGAACAUCUACGGCAUCGACGACAACGUCUGCCCGCGCGGCGACACGGCGCGCAAGGGCGAGGCGGCCGUGCAGCGCCGCCGCAUCUCGCGCGCCCAGCUGGCGCUGCUCGAGCGCAACGAGGGCCUGCACGCCAACGCCAUCGAGCACCUGCCGCUCUUCAUCGGCAGCGUCCUGCUCGGCGUCUUUGCCGGCCUGCCCGCGUCGCAGAUCAACCGCUUCGCCGCAAAGUACCUGGCCGUGCGCGUCGCGUUUGCCGUGGCGUACCUCGGCAUCACCGACCUGCGCGCCAGCUUCAUCCGCACCGGCCUGUGGUGGACGGGCAACGUGCUCUGCUUCCGCACGCUGCUUGCCGCCACGCGCGCGCUCAAUGCCUCCAGCCUGCGCCGCUGAGCAUCGUCUCUGGAUGCAAUUCUAUGUACCUGCCUGCA